UUUAUUCUUUAACCUGUUUUUAUGUUUAAUCAGUAUGACAUACAUAUAUUGUAGACCUUUUCUGUCUAGGCUCCUUUGCCAUAGUUUAGGUUUAUUUCCCAAAUACUUGAUAUCUGAAUAAUUUUGCACCAGUGUGUUUUUUUCCUCCGCAGUGAAGGAGUGUAAGAAAGCACACAAUACCCUUAGCAGUACCAUAGUGACAUUUCCAUAAUUAGAGUGGUAGGUAGGAGCCGAGGUAUAGUGAAGGUUUGACAGGAUGGUAUUGAAAGGGUCGAGGUGAGGGAGGAGGACAGAGUGAGAGAGUGUGUGUUUUUGUGACCAGGAGGAGAGGAGACGGAGAGAAGAGCACAUUGUCCACUCCUCGGUCAAGACAUCGGUCCGUGUUUGGCAAUAACAACAGGGGAACACAUUAGAGGAAUGUCGGCUUUCAACUGCUCUUUCCAAAAUGGUGGUUGGCUAUGUCCUUCAGAGGAAGAGUGUUUCAAUCUGACCUCGGGCGUGAACGGGAGCCACGUGGAUCCGGAUGGCGCGUGUCUGACCGAGGACCAGUACCUGGAGAUACACCUGGGUCCCCGUCGAUCCCCCGUGUUCCUCCCCGUCUGCCUGGUCUACCUGCUCAUCUUCCUGGUGGGCGUGGUGGGGAAUGUGCUGACAUGCACCGUCAUUACGCGCAACAAAGUAAUGUGGACUCCAACCAACUACUACUUGUUCAGCUUGGGGGUGUCUGACCUGCUGGUGCUGCUGCUUGGGAUGCCGUUAGAGCUGUACGAGCUGUGGCAGAACUACCCCUUCCUGCUGGGCGCCGGCGGCUGCUACUUUAAAACCUUCAUAUUCGAGACGGUGUGUUUUGCGUCCAUCCUCAACGUGACGGCGCUGAGUGUGGAGCGCUACAUCGCCGUGGUGCACCCUCUGCGCGCCAAGUACGUUGUGACGCGCACCCACGCCAAGCGGGUCAUCCUCACGGUGUGGGGCGUGUCGGUGUUGUGCGCUUUGCCAAACACAAGUCUGCAUGGAAUUGCGUUUCACUACUCCACCAGCUCUUCGGGGAACGUCCACGUGGAGAUCCCCGACUCGGCCAUCUGUACGCUGGUGAAACCACCGUGGAUUUACAACCUGACCAUCCAGGUGACCACCAUGCUGUUUUUCGUGCUGCCCAUGCUCACCAUCAGCGUUCUCUACAUGCUCAUUGGGCUGCAGCUGAAGCAGGAGAAGAUGCUUCAGCUGGAGGCGCAGAAGGGCUUUGGACAGGAGAGCUUCUGUAACGUGAGAACACAGCAGCAGAAGGCCCGUCGCCGGCAGGUCACUAAAAUGUUAUUUGUCUUAGUGGUGGUUUUCGCAAUCUGCUGGGCCCCGUUUCACACCGAUCGUCUCAUGUGGAGUUUCAUCAGCGACUGGACCAACAACCACCUGGAAAUAUUCCAGUAUGUGCACAUCAUCUCUGGAGUGUUUUUCUACCUCAGCUCAUCGGUCAACCCAAUCCUGUACAACCUCAUGUCCACGCGCUUUAGAGAAAUGUUCAAGGAGGUCAUGUGCCAUCGGCCUCACCACAUCGGCCCCAGGACGCACUCACUGAGCGUGACCCGGGUGACCCUCCGCAGCACCCUGAGUGAUGUGCCGCUCAGCAACGGCGCUGCUGCUGCUGAAGCAGAGGCAGAAGAUGGAAGGAUCAAAGAUGAAACCGGGUUUUCCUGUUAACAUUUUUAAGGUAUAGGGGAAAUUAUGUUUGUAGGGUGGUUCAAUUCUGAGCCACUUACUCUCUACCAUCUACUCUCACUAACAUCUAUUUCAGGUGCGUCAGCUAACCUUGAAUAGCCUGCCCGGAAGAUCUGCAGAAAAAAACAAAGCUGUCAGUAUGAGUGAUGUAAGUGCUGCAAUGCCAUUUUAAACUCUAGAAGUACUUCAGCAAAUCACAGCUCAGAUUCAGGCCAAAGCCCUCUGAUUUAUCUAGGACUGUAGACUUGAAUGUAUCUUAAACUUAUUAGUACAGUACAACUUUUAUUUUGAAAAUAGAUGAAAGUAAAAAUAUGUUUAAAUGGUGACAAUAAAGUUUAAGAAAAUGUUGGCAUGAAUAAGGAAGCCAGAAAGAGGAUGGUAAUUAUAUACAUAAAAUGUAGGAAAGAAAUAUUAAUAAAAAAUAAACAAAGAUUUCUGGGUAGACUAAUUGUCAUUAUUAUUAAGCUAUUAUGAAAAAGUGAGCAUUUGAAACAAAAGGAACAAAGGGAAAGGAAAUGAUGGAUGUUAGAACAUCAUGCAAAAGUGAUGCUGUUUUAUUACUUCUACUGCUUCUAUAAUCAUCAAUGAUGUUAGUGUUCAGUCAAACUGUGCGUGCAGUAAUUACUUAAAUC